AUGACCGAACCUACUGGAAGAAUAUCCGAUAGUUUCGAGGGAGGAAGCAGCGAACACCUUUCUGCCGCCACCUGGCAUCCUUGCGACUCCGACCAUCCAUAUCAACGCCCCGUGAACAAUGGCAAGAUCACUCUUACAACUAUUCCUUUUUCUCGCCCUAUUCCUAGUGCAGAUAUCAAGAAGGCAUACAAGAGGUUGAGCAGAAAGUUCCACCCGGACCGAAAUAAGGAUGCGGGUGCGGAAGAGAAGUUUGUAGAGAUAACACAGGCUUACGAGGCACUCUCGGAUCCCAAGAAACGUCAAAUCUAUGAUCGUCACGGAGAGGAAGGAUUAAAGGCUCAUGAAGGUGGCCAACACGCCACAAACCCCUUCGACGUCUUUGCCAACUUCUUUGGAAGGGGAGCAGCUCACCAGGACUCUGUCAGACGUGGACCGACUAUGGUUUCCGAAUUUGAGGUUACUCUCGCGGACAUUUAUAUGGGUAACAGCGUCGACUUUAUGAUCAAGAAGAAGAUUCUUUGCGACCACUGCCGUGGAACUGGUGCCCAGACUGAUGGAGAUAUCAAAAAUUGCCCAACAUCGGCAAAGGCAAAGUUAUUGCAAGAGUUUGCAAGCAUUGUGGAGGACAAAAAGUCAUUGAUCACACUGGCCACUACAACCUUGACUUGGAGAAAGGUAUGCCAGAAGGUCACGAAGUCGUGUUUGAAGGAGAGGGCGAUCAGUCCGCGGAAUGGGAAGCUGGCUAUAGAAAUUCCCUUCAUUAAAGCCCAAUUACUU